AUGACAGUCUGCACAACACUUGCCAUGAAAUUGAAGCACAUUUUAGGCGAAAACGAUAUCAAACCCGACGAAGAGAUUACUAAUAAUAACACAUCAAACAAAUUGAUCGACAAAUACGUGAAAAACAUGCGCGAAGACGAAGUCCUGCUGAAGACAUUGCAUCAACUGAUCCUCGACUCGAGCGACGAGAACAGCAAUCUCGACAAAGAGAUGGCCCGUAAGUGUGUCGACAAACUCCGGGCGGAUCUGUCGGGCAAAGAGCCCACUCUAGACCUGUCUCAGGACUUAAUCAGUCGGGUAUCGAAGAACGAGCAUCUGAUCCGAUCCCUUGUGGACAUUGUCAGCGAGAAUAACGUACCGAAAAAGGAGAUCAAAGUGCUAGAGAUGAACACAGCGGGCGGCGGGUCUUUGAUGGCUCACGAGGUGGACGCAUACCUGGCCUCCGCGGCCCUCUAUCCGAUCGACGUGGGCUAUAGUGUGGCCGUACGGGCGCUGAACACCGUUCCCGACAGUUUCCGUAGCGGCCGUGCCUUCAAACUGAUGGAGUGGUCGCCCGAAGAGUCGCCGUUUCCCUGCGAUAUAUCGCCCAAAGAUCUGGUGAUCGCACGAGACUCGGAGGACUUGUGGCCGCUGGACAUGGAGUCACACCUGCAAGAAGUGCACGACGUUCUCGUCGAACAGGGCUUUCUUAUGACUGUGUUUCGUACGCGAGUCACACCACCGGAGCUAAUGUUGGCUCAACUGUUGGACCUUAAGACUCCUCCCGGAGCCGAUCGAUUGGCCAAACGUGUGGACGACUACACAGCGGAGGCGCGCAAAAUGGGUUUCCGUCUCGUCGGCCGCAAAGACGAUUCCGUGGGUUCGGCGGCACUGCUGUUCCGGAAGGUGACCGACAAAGGGUUGCCCGAUAAGCACCGGGUGAUCAACAUUGACACCAAUUGCGAGAAAUGGUUUGAUGUGUUGAGAGAGAAACUCGUCGCGUGUAAAGACAAUGACGAAAAGUUACCGCUUUGGUUGGUUGGCACCGGUGGUGGUGGCGAUGGCCAGACAUCCGCCACAGCCAUUAACGGUAUCAUCGGUUUAGUGAACUGUCUGCGUCUGGAACCGGGAGGCGACUGUAUUCGGUGUCUGUUUGACUCGGAGUCCACCAAAUCAGAGAUCGAUAUCCGCCACAAACCGUACGCCGAUAUACUGGCCAUGGAUUUGGCGGUAAAUGUGUUGAGCGGCGGCGGACGGGUCGGCACUUAUAGGCACCUGACUCUGCACCGGGACUACGACCGGUUCGCGUCCAACAACUACUUCCUGAACGUCACCCAAAACAAGGAUCUGUCGAGUCUUCAGUGGUUUGACUCCAAACAGUUGGUCAGUCCGAUUGGGCCCACAUAUGAUCUGUCAAACAAUCAGAUCAAUAAUGUCCGGUGCGAUGUCUACUGCGCCGGACUUAACUUCCGGGACGUGAUGUUUGCCACCGGCCGUAUAGCUGCGGGUCCGCAGUCGCUAUUCAUGGACUGUCUGAUAGGGUUUGAGUUCGCGGGCCGGCGCGCGGACAACGGGGAACGGGUGUGCGGUUUCACACUCUCGCGAUCGUUCGCCACCGAAGCGACCACUAAUGACCGGAUGGUGUCUCACAUACCCGACCACUGGUCGAUGGAGGAGGCGGUCACUGUUCUUAGCACAUACAGCACCGUAUGGUACGGACUCAUCAAACGGGCCAAUCUUAUGAAAGGCGAGCGCAUACUGAUCCACUCGGGCGCCGGUGGUGUGGGUCAGGCGGCUAUAAGCAUAUGCCAGUACUACGGGUGCGACAUAUACUGUACGGUGGGAACCGACGACAAGAAACGCUUUCUGAUGGCUGAGUACGGAGUGCCGGAGUCGCGGAUCUACAGCUCGCGGGACAUACAGUUUAAGUACGCCAUCAAACAGGCGACGGGCGGGAAGGGUGUGAAUCUGGUGCUCAACUCACUGACGGGCGACAAACUGGAGGCCAGUUAUGACGUGAUCGCCGAUUGCGGUCGGUUUGUUGAGAUCGGCAAAUACGACCUCCAGAUGAACAAACAGUUGGGAAUGUUUACCUUCUUGAGGGACGUGGCGUUCAUCGGUGUCUCUGUCGACAUGAAGCUGUAUUUGGAGAACGGCUUUACCGACGAGUUCUUCGAGUGGAUGCACCGGAACUCGAGGAAUGGAUGCGUUCGGCCCAUUAAUCGUACGGUAUUUCCGGCCGCGGAGGCCGAGAAGGCGUUCCGAUACAUGACUACCGGUAAACAUAUCGGGAAGAUAUUGUUGCGGAUGCGCGACGAAGAGCAACCGGUGCUGCCAGUGCUCCGGUCGGGUCCGGUGGCGCCGGCCGGCCAGUUGACGGUCACCGGCAAGACCUACUUCGACCCGAACAAGUCGUACGUGAUUGUGGGCGGUUUGGGCGGCUUUGGGGUAGAGUUGGCCCAUUGGAUGAUCACUUUGGGCGCCCGGCGACUGGUGCUGGUUUCGCGGUCCGGCGCCCGACACGACUACCAGAGGUUUGUCAUCAGACGGUUGGAGGCGUUUGGCCAACGGCUCAAGUGGUUCGACAGCCGCGUGACUGUGUCUACGGCCGACUGUCGCACCACUGCAGGCGCCCGACAGCUGUUGGCCGAGGCGAGCGCGUUGGGUCCGGUGGGCGGUGUGUUUCACUUGGCACUGGUGUUGAACGACUGUCUCAUCGAGAAUCAGACGUACGACAAGUUCGCCGAAACGGUUGACUCAAAGACCCGGUGUUGCGCGGAGUUGGACGCCGCCAGUCGUGCCCUACCGGCGCCGUUGGACUAUUUCGUGGUGUUCUCGUCGGUCUCGUGCGGCAAAGGCAACGCCGGUCAGAGUAACUACGGUUACGGCAACUCUGUGUGCGAGAGGAUAUGCGAGCGCCGCAGGGCUCAGGGGUUGGCCGCGCAGGCCAUUCAAUGGGGACCCAUCGAUGACGUCGGUGUAAUCGCCGACUCCGAUAAGUUUAGCACAUUUUCAGGUGUUGUGAAGCAACGGAUCAACUCGUGUCUCGAGAUAUUGGAUAAAUUGCUGCAAUCGGAUCACCCGAUUGUCUCAUGUGUGGUGAGGGCCAAACGUCAACUGCAAAGCGGCACUCGAGAGGCCCGUAUAGUGGCCCAGAUCUGGAUGGCUCUGGGCAUCGACCCGAACACAACACCCGAUCACUUGACACUCGGCGAGAUAGGCAUGGAGUCCAUGUUUGCCGUCGAGUUUCAACAG